GAGCGCACCGUAGUGUGGUACCCGAGCGGACGUCGAACGUAUCGCUAGUUGAACGCGUUCCGGUUGGAAAGUGCCGCGGCGGCAGCCGAAAAUAUUUUCGGCGUAGUGAAAGUGGACCCCGAGUGAAAGUCGAACAUGGAUUCGCCCCAAAUGUACGACAAUCAGCAGCACGGGCAGCAAAACGUGAUCGGGGCGGACGCGAAAAAGACCGUCAUCAUGAACAACAACAACAACAACAACAACCUCACCACCCUCAACAACAACACGGGCAACUCGAAGCAGACCGCCGCGCUGCUCAAGCAGCACCAGCUGCAGCAGUACCAGCAGCACGGCGAGCUGAGUGACCUGAACACCCCCGAGAUAUCGCUCGAUCUGCAGAAUCUGAUCGACGAUUCUCAGUUCGGCGACGGCCUCUUCACCGACAUCCUGCAGAGCCAACAGGGCAAGCACCUGCAGGGGCUGCACACGCGCCAAGCGAUGGGGGUGCAGAACAACAAUUAUCCGCGCACUACGCUCGCGUACAUGCCGCAACCGGUGCACAGCGGCGUCACCUACGGGAACCAAAACUCGAACAGUGACUCGAACAGUUCCGCCGGUAGCGACGUUCCUAGUAUUAAAGAGGAGCCGAUAGACCCGCAGGAGUUUCGGCGGCAAACGUCCUGCAACCUCCUGCCCAACGGGUACAUGGGGGGCGGGUACCCGUCGAACCCGGGCGCGACCUUCACCACACUCACUCCGAGCCCCGUGCUGCACCACCAGAUGAACGCGAUGAAGAGCAAAACGUCGCUGCUCAACCAGCACGUGACCCGCAAAAGCAUGAAGCCCUGUGAUAAGAACAGCGACGAGUACAGGAGACGGAGAGAGAGGAACAAUAUCGCGGUGAGGAAGAGCAGGGAGAAAGCGAAGGUGCGCACGAGAGAGACGGAAGAAAAGGUGAAGAUACUGAUGAAGGAGAACGAAAGGCUGCAGAAAAGGAUAGAGCUGCUUACCGAGGAGCUCAACGUGUUGAGGAGUUUGUUUUCGAACGUCGGGGUGCUCCCGGAACACGUCCACAGGGAGAUCAACAAGCACCUGGACACGUUCCAGCUCCAGCAGCAGCAACAGCAGCAGCAGCAGCAGCAGCAGCACAUGUCCGACGACGGUAGGCAAAGAAUGAUGGAUAUGGUGCACGACUACGGGCCAUAGCCGUUGGCGGAACCCUAGGGAAAUGUACGUUUAGAGCUUUAAAUUUUCGUGAAACGAAUGACGUGGAGAUCUCCGUUACAGCCGUACCAUGAAUUUAUUUAAUAUAUAUUUAUUGACGUGACGAGGAGGAAAGAAUUGACGGGUAUUACAAAUUACGUUGUAGAUUCCGCGACGAAAAUAAAAGUGCGAAUAUUUUAUAUACAUUAUAUAUAUAUAUUUUUCGACCGAUUGCAAUGAAAACGUACCUUUGUAUUUUUUAGGAUAUAUUUUUUAAAAAAAUAUAUCGUUGUUGUAUCUUAUAUAGUUUUUAUACGUAACGUAAGUUUCUCCAUGUAAAUGUAUGUAUAAUAUGUAUUUGUAUAAAUUUUAAUAUAUUUCCAAAGAAAUAGAUUUUUUUCUAACGAUGUACAUUGUCCGCCGCUUAGAUGAAAAAAAAAACGUUCUUGUUUUUAUUUAAUAAAUAUUUUUCGAUUUUA